UCACGUAUAUCCGAACAUAAAAAUACAAAUCAUAUGUUUAUAUGUAGGUUACUCUUUAGUUUAUGGUUUGAUUGGGUGUUGAUUACGAGCUCGGAGGACGCGGAAUGCUGCUUCAUAGUUUAUGUUGUUAGUUCUAAUUUGUGUGUGUUCAAAAUAUUCAUCUGAAAGAUGGCGCCAAUGCGUGGCGAGCGCGGAGGCUCACCUGCGCGCGCGGCCCGCGCCUCCCUGCCCCUCCCGCGCCGCCUCAUCCGCCAGAUCGCGCGGCAUGUUGCGUCUAGCGGGCGCAGUCUGCGCCGGCUCGAGGUCUCCGGGAGAGUUAUAGACAAUUUCGACGAUAUAGAGGACGCCAGUGACAGCGAUCAUGAAGUUUCACAGCCGGCAGUGGCGUGCGGCGGGAACGCCGGCAACCUGCCCCCCGCGGACCACGACGACGACCUCACCAGCCUGAGCUGGCUGCAGGACAGGAACCUGCUGAGGGGUAUAAAUCUAACAAAAGGCGACGUCGAGGACACAAAAAUGAUCGGAAGUCAAGUCAUAAUAAAGACGGAACAAACGACGCCACCCCCAGCCCCCCGCGCAUCCCCCCCGCGCACGCCCGUCAAAGCCCCGCCCUCCCCCGCGCCCACACACAGCAAACCCCCCUACUCCUUCUCCUGUCUCAUCUUCAUGGCGAUAGAAGCGGCGCCAGCGCGAGCCCUGCCCGUGAAGGAGAUAUACGCGUGGAUCGUGCGGCACUUCCCGUACUUCAGACACGCGCCGCAGGGCUGGAAGAACAGCGUGCGGCAUAAUCUGUCGCUUAACAAGUGCUUCCACAAGGUGGCAGCCGCUCCAGGUCUCGGCAAGGGCUCCCUUUGGACAGUUGACCCUCAGCAUCGGUCUACACUAUUACAGGCGUUCGGGCGGCAGCCCAUCCCGGCGCCUUGCGAGGCGGAGCCUCCCGGGGAGGCGGAGUCGCCCCUGGCCAAGAACUCGCCCGACCCGGCGCUGUUCCCGUUCCUGGCGCGCCGCCUCGCGCGGCCGCGCCCCGAGCCCGGCGCCGACGAGUACCUGGCCGCCGCCACCGUGCUCGCCAUGAAGUACGGGCCUGCUGUGCUCGACCAGCUGCCGCCAGCGGCGCACCACCUGGUGAUCUCUCGCUGCGCGCGCGACGAGCACUCGUACUCGGGCGGCGGCGAGGAGCGCCGCACCGCCGAGGCGCUGCUCAACCUGGCCGGCGUCUGUCCCGAGCCGGCCAGCUAGCAACGGUGUCCACUCUAGACAAGUGAGUUCGAGCGAUACGUUGCCACCAUCACUGUUUUCAUUGCGCGGUUAUGUACCGAGCCUUUUCUUUGCGAACAUUAAUUUUUAAAGUGAAACAUUGGACUAUUGAGUUAUAAAAAGUGGCAGCUCUUAUGUUCGAUCGAUUUGAUCAAACGAAAUAUUAUGUGUAAAAUUGUAUAGAUCAAGUGUAACGUUAUGAAACACUUCAUGAAAUCAUGAUACAUGGAUUCGUGAAGUUUUAUGAACUAAAGCGGUUUUUAAGUAUAGUUAAUUUAUAAUUUAAUUUGUAAAGUCGGCAUGCGUCUGUUACUGUGUUAAAGCAAUUUAAUUAUGUUACUGCUCAAUCGCUUCUAGCAAUGGGAAUCUAAUAAUAAGUGUUUUGUAAAGUUUCUCAAAGAAAUGCGCUAGGGCCUAGCUCAGAUCAAGCGGCGACCAAUGAAUCGUUGGCAUAAGUUCGUAGAACUAAUAUUUAAAUAGCGUCUACUGUGACGGUUAUAGAUAAAAAUGUUUACCAUUCUCUAGUCCAUUAAAGAAAAAUCAAUUUUAGAGCUCGCCCUGAGUUGUUGAUACUUGGAUAAUAUUUAAGGGAAAAUAACUCACUCAUUAGUUAGAACUUAGAACCUCUUUUCCAUGCAAAUAGUUCUGUAAUUAUACAUCACAUAACACUAUUACUAUUUAUUUUUCAUCACAGGCGAGGCGGUCCCUUUCGAACGAAGCCUGUAACGUACUUCCGAAAUUAACUUAGUUUUAUCUCUUUUCCUCACAAGUGUGAUGAAAAACAUUGUGUGUGCAACGGGCGGCCAGGAAUUACAAACUAGUGUUAAUUAAGCCCUCGCCUCCGGCUUCGGGCUUCAAUUCACACUCGUUCGUAAAUUCUUGUAUAACGCCCAUAAUACACAAUGUACUUAAUUACGGUAUUCAAAUGCAGCUCUAUAACAACCAUAGUAGCAAUACCUGGCUGUAAAGAGAAUGGGAAAUAGUAGGUUCGUUAUCAAAUUAUAUGACUGCGGUCAGGCACAACUCCGUCAAACUUUACAUACAUUUUAGUAUGGUUUGACGGAGUUUACACGCAGGCAAAUCUGAAAAUUGACCCAGUACUAGGAUCCAUGCAUUUAGGUUUUUCUCCUUAUACAUUUUAAUUACUCAUUCUUAAUCGUAAGAAAAUGUUUUUAUAUAAUAAUUGAAGGUAAUUCUAGUGUUAACACAUUUCCGUCUAUUUUACAAGUAGGUACCUAUUUUGUUGAAUGCCAAAUGUUGCCAGUAUAGUAAUGACUGCACCUUUUAAAAAGAAAAUAUAACGGAAAUGUGAUAAUCUAUAUACUUAAGUUUUAAAAUUGCAUUCUAUUUAUUUAGCUUAUCUGCUGUUUUAUUGAUAAUUUAUUAGCUGAAUUAAUUUAAGGAUAUUUAAUAUUUAUUUAAAUAUUUAAAUAGUAUAAUAUUUUGAUAUACGUUAUCUUUUGUGAUUUCUUAAUAGUUUUUAUCUAUUAUGUAUCCGACUGUAAUAACAUUAAAUAUGGCUGUCAUUUGUGGGGUAUUCACAAACUUUACCUUAGUGUGUAUAUAAAUAGUGAAAUAUGUACUAUGCCUUCAAAACCACUUACUAAUAAAAUAAAAGUUUUCCAGCUAAAAUAAGACGCUAAACUCGAAAAAUUUCAUACACUGACCCGCCUGUUCCUAUCUCUAUUGCACGCGAAUAAAUAUAUAGCUGUCCCGCACGUACAGUGGCAUUGACCGUCGCCAUCGUGGGCGAGACAACAAUACGAGUAUAAUUACGCGCGUGCGAUAGAGAUAGGAAUAGGCGGGUGUGCUUCGCUAAGCCUUCCGUAGUUCCGUACAAUACAAUACUCUUUUAAUUUCUCAUGCUCUGAAAGAGGGUCAUUGUUGUUCUAAAAAGUUUGCAGAAAGUGAUACGUUUCUGCACUCAAGCAUUUUACUUUUUAAGUACGUUUUUUUUACAAUAAACAAUUGGGUUUUAAAUAGAUUUGUUAAACAAUUUCCAUUAUGAUAUUUAACUCCCCAUUCCGUAAAUACCGAUACUUUUACCGAAAUGUUUAAUUGAAAGUACCCUCAAGAAAUGCUAUAAAAAAUUAUACUUAGUCAUGUUUAAAAAAAACAUUUAACUUUCCUCGUAUUGAAAUGAAAAGUAGAGUGUUUAACUCGGGUGAAAGGCAUCAUUUCAGCCUCGAACUAUUGGCGCUCUCACUGCGUUUGCGUGCUAGUGAGUGCCUUUUAUCCCUUGGUUAACAAUGUACUUAUUAUUGCACACCUCACACAGUUUAAGUUAGGUUAAAAUUCGGAUGACUAAUUUAAAUAGUACUCCGUCCUCGGUAUGGAGCUAAACGUGUCGAGCAAUUUUCUACUUUUAAAAAUGUUAAAAUAGGUACUUGAGUGACCAGUUUUAAUAUAUAUAUUUAAUAAGUUUUGUUAUGAUACUAUUUCACUUGGGCUCACACACAUCGCCAGUCGGUAUGCAAAUGUGUCGUUCUCAGAAAAAGGUACUAUUUUGUCGAUCAUCAAUUAGGCUGAAAUAACAUCAAAGAUUAGAAAAGAAAUAGCUGUUAUAGACGAUCGACAAAGUGAUGCAUUUUACUAGAGUAACUGACAUCACUUAAUUUAUAAAAUCGUAUUUAUUUCUGUAAUUAUAAGCGAUUGCGUGUUUUAUAAAUAUUGUACGUAUAUUUUGUUUUAAAUGUGUUUUAAGUUUAAAUUAUGAAAGAAAUUAAGUUACGCAUAGAAUAAUGUUAGACUGAAGCAAUGACUGAUUUGUGAAGAAGCAAUAUUAUUUAUUAGUGAAAUGUAUUACAAUCUUUUGUUUUGAGCCCUGAAGUGGUACUUUUCAUGUUACCGGUACCCGUACCCCGAGUCACUGACAGUGUCAACACUGACAUGUACGCUAACGUUUACGUAAUUUACUUUCUAUACAUCUCGCUCGCACUAGUAUGCGAGUACGAGCGAGAUGCAUAGAAGUAAGUUUCGUCCACGUUUAUGUCAGUGUCAAACUGGUCGUAGCUGUAACUAUUUUAUUUGUAUGAAUUUAUUUUUAACAAAAUCCGACGUGACGUUUGCGUCAUGUUCUACAAAACUUUUUUUGAGCAAAUUAAUCAUGCUAUUUUCGUCUAAAUGCUUUUUUGCCAUACCUUUAAUACUUGACACGGCAAGAAAGAUAAAUACAGGGAUCGGAAACCGGUAUUUGCUCCUUACAAAAAUACCGGUAUUAUUACGUUCUUUUUCGUUCUUUUGUUUAUAAUUUCAUUUUUAAUGGGACGUUUUAAUAAUGCAAAAUUGUUUCCUAAACACAUGAUUCAGUCCUACGUAAUGAGCAUAAAAUAAUUCAAAAUAUUGGGCUAUUUCGGGGUUUUAAAAAAAUACCGGUUCCGAGCCCUGGAUACAUAUAAAAUGACUAUGGUAGUCAAACUGCCAUGUUCAAACAUUUUUAUUCAAGGUUGUAUUACGCUGGGUGAUUUCAUUAUAGUAUUUUUCAAAUGCUUGGGUACGGUGACAGCGGUCAUCUAUACCAUUUUUUUUAUACUACGUCGGUGGCAAACAAGCAUACGGCCCGCCUGAUGUAAGCAGUCUCCAUAGCCUAUGUACGCCUGCAACUCCAGAGGAGUUACAUGCGCGUUGCCGACCCUAACACUCCUCUCCCUCGAGCUCUGGCAACCUUACUCACCGGCAGGAACACAACACUAUUAGUAGGGUCUAGUGUUAUUUGGCUGCGGUUUUCUGUAAGGUGGAGAUGCCUCCCCAGUUGGGCUCUGCUCUAGAUCUGGAAUGACAUCCCCUGUCCUGUGCCCUACCACACAAAGCUAAAUGUCAUUCACAGUGCCCAUACCUCUCUUUUGGACGUAGUUUAAGGACAUACUCGGAGCGAUUUAGAACCUUAAAACACAAAAUCUCGCAAAAUAUUGAAAUGAAAGCUGUUUGAAAAAUUCUAUAAUAUAAAGUUUCAAGGUGUGUGUCACCUUUAUUUAAAAUAGCGUUUUACUCAACAUAAUAAUUAUAAUAAAUAAUUUAUAUUGUAUUCUCACACUCAUUCGUCGCUGUGCCAAAAUUAUUAUAGAACUGUUAUCGUCAUAUUACAAGCGAAUUCAAUUCAUUUGAAUGUAUUUACAUAAAUAAAUUAUAUUAUGUAACGCAUAGAUUAGGCUAUAAGUGAUAUAGUAAUAUGUUUAAUGCUAAAUAUAAAUACAUACAAUUUUGCUGUAUUUAGAGGCGUCUUCCAUCUUUACUCAUUAUUUUCUCGUAGAUAACUGUGUCGGGGAAGAAACGCAUGCGAUUUAACCUAAAUUAGGCCCUUCCUCACUUCGCUCUAAGGAAUCGGUGCUACAAAUCAAAUCAAAAAUCAUUUCUUGUCAGGCAACAAAGCCCCAUAGAUACAUACCUUACAGACUAACAUAGUGUACAUACAUUAAUUUUAAUCUUAAAAACUCAUCAUUCGCUUGCCCUUGUCCCAUUCACUUGGGGUCGGCGUAGCAUGUCUUUUUCUUCCAUACUCUAGUAGAAUCUGCAUCUUCUCAAAUGAUUUUUUUCGCCAAAGAGCCUAAUCUGUUAAACAACAGCCUUUGUUCCUUUUCUGUGUGCGCAUGCCCAUUGUUGGUGAGCGCAUGCCACUCGUUAAUACACAAUGGCUUUUGUUUAACAGAUUAGGAUUUGGCGAAAAAAUCAUUUGUGAAGAUGCAGACUAUAGUAAGAGAGAAACUUCUCUUUUCAGAUAUGCCCUAAGUAAUUCCCAUUUUGAUUUAUUUAAAUUUACUGACAGUUUUCAUAUGUUGAGGGAAAAGUGGGAACAGAUGACUACUUUCUGGUGUUUUUAGGGUUCCGUACCCAAAGGGUAAAAACGGGACCCUAUUACUAAGACUCCGCUGUACUUCUGUCACCAGGCUGUAUCUCAUGAACCGUGAUACACAAGAUGACAGUUGAUGACAGUUGAAAUUUUCACAGAUGAUGUAUUUCUGUUUCCACUAUAACAACAAAUACUAAAAAGUGCGGAACCCUCGGUGCGCGAGUCCGACUCGCAUUUGGCCGGUUUUUGUUCCUAAUAUGAAAAGAAAAUCAAUAAGGUUUAUAGUCCCAUGUAGUUUGUUCCCCGGCUGUAGGAAACUAGCCUUUCUUUCGGUGGUAUAAGGAACGUAGAUGAAACUUUACAGCAAUAAUUAGUACAUAAUUGUAGUAGUAUUUUGCUGGUAGAUGCUACUUACAUGAUAUAAUAUGUGUGAUACAUUACAUUGCGAUUUCUUUAUAGUGUGCUAUAUUUUACGUUUCUUAUGUAUGAACGAUUAAAUUGUAUAGUAUGCGGUCUAACUACUGAGCUCGUCCAUUUACCUUCACUGACAAUGGCAUUCUGUUAAACAAAAGCCAUUAUUUCUUUUGUGCCUGAGCGCGUGGCCUUUGUGCCUGAUCGCGUGGCUAUUGUGUGGGAGCCUCAGGCACAAAGGCCACGCGCUCAGGCACAAAAGACAUAAUGGCUUUUGUUUAACAUAUUGCCAUUGUUAGUACGUAAGUGAACGAGCUCAGUAGAGAUAGCGUUAACUAUAUAUCAAAUCAAUUGUUCAUAUAUAAGUAAUGCAGUUAAAAAAAAGGUUAUAUCAAUAUGAUAUUAAAAUUGUUGCGGCUUUCAAGUAAUCGUGAAUCAGAAUAAUUUAAUAUAAUUUAUUAAUAAGUUAUGUGACUCUGUUAUUAUUUAGGUAGUUGUAGUUGGUAUUGGUUUUUUGAAAGAGAACUUUGUUAGAGAAUACUUCUCGUAAUAUUUAAUUUUAUUUAGAAUAAUUUUAUUGUUUUAUGGCUCGUGUUAAGGUGUUGCCAUUAAAUCAUGCGUGCUUGUGAAGCGGUGUCUGCAUGGUUGCAUUUUUAUCACCUGUUACUUUCGCACUUACCUACUUGUUAGAACGUGACAGGCAUGGUGACAGGCGAUAAAAAUGCUACCGUGCUAAACCCGCUGGUUUUAGAAAAAUGUAUUAUUAAAGUGUCAAAUAGAUUGUCAAGAAUCAGUGGAAUCAACUCCCGUGACGAAUCCAAUUGCCAGGACCUCAUAAUUACGUCGAAAAUAUUUGACAAAAAAAAAUCGGAUCACAUUCUAUAGUAAAAUUAAUCCUAAGAAUUCCUAAGUGACAUUUUAAAAUAUAUUUAACGGCCUAGCCUAGUCGCCCACUACCAAGGGUCUGACACUCUUUGAUAGAGAAAGAUAGUCUUAUUGUGAUUCCUAUAAGAGGAAAGAGAAAAUAGUGCCAUGCUUUGUCCUUAUCACCGACCGGUUGGCAACAUAGGUAGGAGGCGAUGGCGAAAUACCGAAAUUUAUAAGAGUGAAAGAGAAAAAAGGCGUGCGCGGAGCCGAAGCCAACACGUAGAUGCCCUGUUGACACUUUAAUGAAAUGUAAGGGGUACACCGAGCGGUUGCUGCCCUUGCCUGUGUCAUGGGACGCACGCAGAGGCAGCACCCGCCAGGGUGUAAGGACUAUUGAGAGUUAAUGGAAUCUAAAAUGAAGUAGGUUAUUGGGUGAAAGCGAUGGACUAAGUACUGAGCUAAGGGAUAUUAUUUUUUUGAAAUAAAUAAAAAACCUGUUUGUAUAGUGGCAACACCGCUGCAUGCUUGUAUAUUUAAGUAAAUAAAUUGUUGUUGUUGAUAUUUUCCGGCUUGUGAAACACCACUUUAUUAAUAUUAUUGCUAUUGUUGAGUUAUUGUCAAAUUUUUAUUUGUCCUAAAAUCUUUUGUCUUUGUACAUAUUCAUUAAAUAAAUUAUGUACCGAGG